UGGGGUAUAUCCGGCCUAAUCGGCCCAGCAUUCCUCACUCAUUUGAGGGCAAUAUACGCUCUGGACGGCACUUUGCUUAUGACUGGAGGUCUCCUGCUGCACGCUAUUCCUCUGAGCAUGCUGCUCAAAAAUCCUCGUCCCGUCAACACUGAAGCGCUGAAAAGUCUGGCCCCUAGAUGUCCCCGGUGGGUGCGGACAAGGUCCGUCGACGCGCGACGCGGACUAGAAGUUCGUCAACAUCAACCACCUUCAACAAUCAGCCUCAGUCGCAUGAACGAUCCUGUGACAUGGAGGGCGGGAAAGAACUCUAACGAAUCAGGCCCAAGGGCUUUCGUAGAACCAGUGCUCGCUGAAGAAGUCCUUCCGUCGAGAAAACCUUCACUUCAGCCACAACGCUCACAGGGUGUUUCCGAGAGCUCCACAUGCGCAUCGUUCCGCGGCCUUCGUCGAUUCGCCGCGACCGUAUUCCGCACGCCCGCCUUCUAUGUGUUCCUCGUUGCAACGGUGGCGGGCGACUACUCCGGUGUAUCCUUCAGCACUACCAUUGUCGAUUACGCCGUUGACAAAGGGAUCGACGUGGGAGUUGCAACGCACCUAAUCGAAUUGGGCGCGCUGGGUCAUCUAGCGGGUCGCAUCUUCAUCAUGCCGCUGUCGGACUGGGCUCCGAUCAGUCGACUGCCGCUGUUCGCUAGCUCCUAUGCCCUCGAGGCCAUGUGCGCCUUGAUCAUGCCGCACAUUGGGUCGUCGUUCAGCGAGGUUGCUGCAGUGCGUGUUGCAGAGACCACCGUCAGCGGUUUUUCAUCGGCCAUAAGGGGUAUCCUCUUGGCUCAGUACAUGGGCAUUGACCGGCUGGCUUCAUGCAUGGGACUGUAUGGACUCGUCAUGAUACCGGUCUCCCUCAGCAGUGCUUCAAUUAUCGGGUUCUUCCGUGAUACAAUGGGCUCGUACGAUGGAUUCUACAGGAUGCUCGCUGCUCUGAACACUGUAGUCGCUGUUGUGUUCGGCGUGUUCCUGGUGUUUGACUGGACUAGUGCAAAACGAAGAGGAUCACAGUCGUCAGAGAACUCCUUCACCCAGGUCACAAUCGGCAGCGGAGCGCACUCAGAGCAGAGGUGCUAAAUGUAAAGGUCACACGUUUCGGCCCUUCUGCCUUUCACGCUGACCGUAACGAAAGUGCCUGGUGCCCGUGCGUCGGUGGCACGCGCACCGGCUUCAAUACUGCCAUUGAAAUAGGAGCUGAAAACGCACUUGCCUCAACGACAGCGCUCAACAUCAUGUUGCUGCUUCAAGAUGAACUACGGUUGAGAGAAAAAGACGCACCAUCGACAUAUCCCACUUGCUCUUGCAACCAAGAUAACUUCAGUUGCUCUGCGGAACGCUACGGUGUUUGUUCUUCUCCGUACACAAAUAAUAAUUGUGUGGUAUCUGCGUGCCGCUGAUCGUUAGUGUGCAAAGUGGCGGCUGUUGAUGGGGUAAAUGUGAAUGGACGAGUUGAUGCUUGGUUUUCGUGAUUAAUAUUCCUUUGGCGUGUACGUUUAGGCGCCUGUACGCCUCGCCUAAUUUACGGCGCUAGCAGAAGAGAAUUUGAUGUUGUCUGCGGCUGUUCAAUUAUUGCACCGUCUUGCUACAUAUGAGAGAGAAAAAAAAUUGUAUGUAUUACGAGAUUCUCCAAUUG